CCGCUCGGCCGCGAAUUCGGGCGCUAUUGCCCAUCACUCGUGCCGCAGGACGUGCUGGGAGAUGUAGUCUCACUCCGGCGGGGCACGGCCGCCAUCUUGGUUUCGUUGUUCCUGUGGCGACUGGUCUUGUCGCAGUCCCCUCGAGUGAGGGGUGAGGGGAGCUCCGCUACCAAGGGCGACGGUGCUGCCCAGGGCGAUGUUUGCUUUAUCUUUUAUGCAGAGUGAGGGUGAUGAAACACUGGGACAGUUGCCCAGAGAAGUGUUGGAUACCCCAUUACUGGAAACAUCUGAUGGCAAGUUGGACAAGGCUCUGAACAACCUGAUGUAGUUGAAGAUGUCCCUGCUCAUUGCAGGAGGUUGGACCUGAUGACAUUUAAAAGGUCCCUUUCAACUCAAAGUGUUCUAUAUUAGGUUGUGAAACAGGUACUUGAUUUCAAGAAGUACAAUGGACAACAUGAAAAAAGUUGCUAACAGCUCUUGCAAUGAUGGAGUUCUACUUAGAAUGGGCCUUAAUGAUAACAAAGCCGGAAUGCAGGGUUUGGAUAAGGAGAAAAUCAAUAAAAUCAUCAUGGAAGCUACCAAGGGUUCUAAAUUUUAUGAAAAUGAACUUAAGAAAGAUCAACAAGUUAACCAACGAAUUGAAAAAAUGAUGCAGCUAAAAGAGAAAAUUACAGCACAACAGCUCUUGAAAGCACAGCUGCAGGUGGACAAACUUGUGAUAGAACUGGAACAGAGCCGUAACCUUAACAGUACAAUUGUACACAUUGACAUGGAUGCCUUCUAUGCAGCUGUGGAAAUGAGAGACAAUCCAGAGCUGAAGGACAAACCUAUAGCAGUGGGAUCAAUGAGUAUGUUGUCCACAUCAAAUUAUCAUGCUAGGAGAUUUGGUGUGCGUGCAGCCAUGCCUGGAUUUAUUGCUAAAAGGCUAUGUCCCCAUCUAACUAUAGUACCACUAAACUUUGAAAAGUACACCAAAGUGAGUAAAGAGGUUAGAGAAGUACUGGCUGAAUAUGAUCCCAAUUUUAUGCCUAUGGGCCUAGAUGAAGCCUACCUGAACAUAACAGAGCACUUGGAGGAAAGGCUGAACUGGCCUGAAGAUAGGAGACGGUUCUUCUUUAAUACAGAAAGCACUACAGGAAUAUGUAGUAUGAAUAUGUCUACCAACUUUAACCAAGGUGAAGUCUCUUCUUCACCAGUACUGUUUGAAGACAACACAUCUCCGAUGGAUGACAACCUUCAACAUAGAGAUCUAUCAGUGGAAAACUCAGUUGUCUUUGGAACUUCUGCAGAGGAAGUUGUGAAGGAAAUUCGCUUUAGGAUUGAGCAGAAGACUCAACUGACUGCUAGUGCAGGAAUAGCACCAAAUACAAUGUUAGCAAAAAUGUGCAGUGAUCGUAAUAAACCUAAUGGCCAAUACAGGAUUUCUCCUGAGAGACUAGCAGUGCUAGACUUCCUGAAAGAUUUGCCCAUUAGAAAGGUGCCAGGUAUUGGAAAAGUAACAGAGAAAAUGUUGAAGGCCCUUGGAAUUGUGACUUGCUCAGAACUUUACCAGCAGAGGGCGCUGCUUUCCCUUCUUUUUUCAGAAGUAUCUUGGCGUAAUUUCUUGGAUAUUUCCCUUGGUUUGGGCUCAACACAUUUGGAAAAGGAUGGAGAAAGAAAAAGUAUGAGCACUGAGAGAACAUUCAGUGAAAUAAACACAGCAGAAGACCAGUACAGUUUGUGUCGAGAGCUCUGCAGAGACCUUGCUCAAGACUUACAGAAAGAGGGACUUAAGGGUAGAACUGUUACAUUGAAGCUUAAGAAUGUGAACUUCGAAGUUAAAACAAGAGCUUCAACUGUUCUGUCUUCUGUUUCUACAGAGGAGGAAAUAUUUACUGUUGCUAAAGAUUUGUUAGGAACAGAAAUUGAUAGUGUUGCUCCUCACCCGCUACGGAUAAGACUCAUGGGUGUACGAGUAUCAGGAUUUCUAACUGAAGAAGAAAAGAAAUACCAACAAAAAAGCAUUACAAGUUUCUUAAAAUCGGGAAAAGAAAUUGGUUUCCUUAGGCUUCAGCCAGAGAAGUCCAACCAAGACUAUUUCACAAAAAAUUCAGAAGCACCAUUUAGAGGGAGUUUUUUUGAUCAAAAGCGAGCAGCAAGAAAACUAAACAGUGAGAAUAUUUCUCCAAAUGAAAGCAGAGGUAAGCAGCUCUUUCAUGAUGAUAAAUCAUCAGCAAAUUUAGUGGAAGAAACAAAGGAAGUCACAAAUUUACAGAAUUCUAAUGUUUGUAACAUCUUUACCUGUCCUGUUUGCUUUGAGAAGCAAAGCAGCAAAAAUUUGGAAGAACUUAAUAAACACAUUGAUGAGUGCCUCAAUGAUGAGAUGUGUGUUGAAGAUGCUGUGGAAGUAUUCAAGAAUGACAGUUCAAGAGAAAAUAUCCCUAACUUUGUUCCACAAUUUAAAAAUGAGUUUGUUGAUAAAUGUCAAAAAAAUAAAACUGAUCAAAUAUCAGGAACAGACCAAUCUGCAAGUGUAUCGGACAGCUCUACUAAUGGUGGCACAGAAAAAUUUGGUCAGAUAAUACCUGAUAAAUCUCCUGGAAAACAAGAGCCUAGCAGUCUCAGUGACAUUGCUAGAAAUAUGUGUAUGAAACAAUGUCUCUUCCCCAAAAGAGUAUCACAAGACCGAUUUGACAAGACUGAACAUACAGAAGGAACUAGUUCAUCCUGUUUCUUUGAAGCCAAAGAAGACAGUGUUCUUGUUUGCCCAGUUUGUAAUUCAGAGCAGAAAACCACCGAUCUUGUGUCAUUUAACAGACAUGUGGAUGUCUGCUUAAAUAAAGGCCUUAUCCAGGAGCUGACAGAAAAAGAUGAUUUUCCUACUAAGACUUAUAAUAUGGAAAACUCAAACAGAGUUUUCUCUGGAGGUUUAAGUAAAGGACAGCAAUGCACAAAUCCAUCACAAGGAACAAAAAGGUCUGGACUAACAGCUUCAGAGUCGGUAUCAAAAAAGGCCAAGUCAAGCAAUUCCAAACAUACUAUCAAAAUGUUUUUUAAAUAACUGUCUAGCAACAUGUUCUAUAUGAAGCAUUUCAUAGAGUUUUAUGACUGCAAGUUAAUUUAGCAUUGGCAGUAGGCUAAAUUCAGGUGCCUGUAAUUUUGGAACCAUUACAUAUCUGUAUAACAAGAACAUGAUGUCUGGGAUAGAAGAAGAGGUAAAAUUAAGGGGAUUUUUCUUUUCUCUUCUUUGGUGAAUAAUGCUUAUUUUUUCACUUGUUUCCAAGAAUCAGAAUUUGCUAGCACCUUGAUUUAGCUCCCUAGAACACAGGAAUUAUUAGCUAGGGUGCCCCAUUGUACUUGCUGAAGGCCUUAUUCCCACACCUGAACUUCUAUCUUCUCUGUUGAUUUUAUUGUAAAAAUAAAAUUGUGAGAUUAGUUGUGUGAUAACAAAGAAGAGUUGAGUUGCUUGACUUCACAAACAAAUGUCUGUCUUUGUAGUGAACACAAAAAUGUAUUAGUCUUGCAGUUACACAGGAUAAGAACAAGAACUUAGAGGACUAUCAAGCUUUCAUUGCUGUUACUGAAAAUUACUUCAGUAAGAGUUGAUUGACAGAUUGGAAGGACUCAUUGUGGUGAGAUACACAACAGCUCACUUAAAAAAUGUUAAAAAAAUCUGUUGAUUGAGAGGAGAAUUCCUCCAGGAUAUUCAGACAAAUGCUGUUGACCUUUGGCCUUUCCAAAGAGAUUGAAAACUUGUUUAUACUUCGAAAUUGUUACCAGUGAGUAGCACUAAAUUUAUGCUGAAUAAAAGGUUCCAUGGUGCAAUAAUAAUGAAUUAUGUGCAAAUACAAGAUAGUGAACCUUCUUAUUGUUUAGCUGUCUUUCUCUUUUAAAAUUAUUUUGUUUUUCUGAAUAAAGUGGAUUCUAUCAGUACAUAUGUAGAAAGAGGAAGUUAAGUGCAAAUAUUUAAAAUGCUCUGUUUAGAUUAUUUCUGUUCACACUAAAUUGUUUAAAUACAUUUUAUUAUAAUUAAAUAUUUAUCAGACAAAUAAUUUAUUAUAACAACAUAUUCCUUAGAAGUUAUACAAACAGUGCCAAGCCCUGUAUGGAAUAUAAAUUGCUUUUUAACUGAAAAGUCUUUUAAAUAAGUGUCUGCUGUAAAAACAUCUAUUUUGUUGUUCAACUGUAUUGGGAUUUGCUUGCUUUUUAAACCAACAUGAUAUGUCUUUGAUUCUCCAGCUCGGUUCAGAAUAUGUUUUCCUGUUCCCAGAACUGCUGGAAUGAUUAUACCAUCUCUACCUGCUUUUCUGUUUGUUUGUCAGAUGGCACCAUAUCAACAGCUCUGUCAUUUGAAUUCAUGUUAAUGCUCCCUUAUCUGCUUUGGACCAAAUCAUCUGGACUAAUUCAGAUGGUAAAUUCAUUCAGUCAACUUUUUCUAAACCUGGUCAGUGAGCGCUCAGCAUAAGCUGUUCUGUUGACUGACAUGGGAACUUUUGGUAGGAAAGACAUAAGAGCAACUGAGGGAACAUAAGGCUGCCAUUGCUGUUUAGAAAGUGAACACCUAUCCCUUUUUUUUUCUGUUUGUAUUUCUGAUUCAAUAAAGCACAGAAUCUAAGUAUUA